AUGUUAAGUGACUUUUUUCAAUUAUUGAUGGUAUUUCUUUUUUUUUUUUUUUUGUUUGUCCACAGCCUCUUGAAGGAAAUAGGGAGAGGAUAUGGCAUGAUUGAGCUGUUGAUUGCUGAUUACUUCCCUUUUCUAUUUUUUUCUCUUGCCUUUUUUGACAUGACAGGCGCAGUGCUGGUAGUUCCGGUGACGGAUAUGCAGGCCUACACCAAGCCACACCUCAACUGCCAGCCUGUUGCAAUGCGUGGUGAAACCUUGAACUGCGACGCUGCCACCACGUUGCGCGCUUCCACAUUUACUGGCAAAAACUUUGAUCCAGGACGAAAUUUAGAUUUGUUUUUGGAAAAAGAGGGGGUCGACGAAGGCGAAAAGUUACCGCGACCACCAGAGAGGGGUAACAAUGAGUUUAUUAGUGGCCAUAUUGAGCCACCACCAGUAUCGGUAGGGGCCUUGGCGUCAUCACAUAGUAGUCUCGGGGAGCGGUUGAGGCUUGUGGAGCUGCAGUGUCGCGCGUACUACGAUCAACUCCAGCAGGUUACCAUGGAAAGGGAUGUGUUGCAGGAGAAGGUGCGGGCGAUGGACAAGCAACGCUUGUUGGGCACAAGUAAGAUAAGGGAACUUAUCGAGGAAAACAAGAGUUUAAGGGCUGCUUUUGAGGAAGCCGACGUGCGACUGGGUAUUGCGGAGAUUGAGCAGCAGGCGUUAUUGAAGGAGACUCAACGUCUGCGGGAACAUCUUUUUCUCAUGCAGCAAGAGUUGGGAGGCGAGGGGAGGCGUGUCAAUUGUGCACUCCAACAGUGCCUGCGCAAUGUUGGAGAGUCGGACUUAACCACUUUGGGUCACUUUUCUGACAGUGAGAUUCCGCAGCGGCAGCCAGACAUUAUGACCUCAUCUGCCAACGUGGUGUCGCCUGACAUCGUUGGGGAUUCUUUGGUUGUCAUCCCUCUGGCAAAGGCGGAGUCUACCAAACAACGAGAUUCACAGCAGGAAACAGUGGCGGAUGGAGGCCCCAAGGAUCAAAGACAUAAGGACGAGCAGCCGGAUUUGCGCGCCACUAACAGUUACUUGGAGGCUCGAUGUCGUGUGCUUGAGACCCAACUGCACCGUCUCCGUGAGAGACUCGUCUCACAGGAUCUUCCAGCGUCUCCCACAAACACCCACGACAAAUAA